AUGGGUUUCAUCACACCGGCAUGGGUUCCGAAACUGCCUGAGAUCCCAGACACCUUGCCACUGAAUGACUUUAUCUUCGAGGAGGAGCACGGUCGGGCACCCAUCGCCAGCUCUCUCGAUCCUUACAUUGACGGAGUGAGUGGUAAAAGUAUUGGUCCUUUAGCCCUCAAAGAAAACGUUGACUGUCUGGCAAGAGCAUUGGCGCGCGAGCUCGACUGGGGUGUCAAUAAAGGCUCGGAGUUCUCCAAGGUUGCCGGGAUUUUCGCCCUCAACACCAUUGACGUCCCGGCAGUCAAUGGGGCUAUUCUGCGAUUGAAUGGAGUCUCAACCCCAGCGAAUGCAGCUUACAAUGCGACCGAGUUGGCUCAUCAGCUCAAGACCUCCAAGGCGCAGGCUCUCUUUACGGUGAAUCCGCUGCUAGACGUCGCACUCGCAGCUGCCAAGGCUGCCGGUGUGCGACAGUCGAGGGUAUUCCUCUGCGAACUACCCCAGGACGACACGAACGCCUAUCCUAAUAACAUCCGGACGAUAUCUCAGCUCAUCGAACAGGGAAAGGCACUCCAUCCCCUGGCCCAAGUCAAAUGGAACCCCGGCCAAGGUGCUCGUCAGACGGCAUUUUUAUGCUAUAGCAGUGGAACGAGUGGACAGCCCAAAGGUGUCAUGAUCUCGCAUCGCAAUGUGAUUGCCAAUGUCAUCCAAAUCGCCACAUUUGAGUCACAGAUGCGAGUCACCUUCGAUGGCCCCAAUUUCCGCGAUGUGGUCCUUGGAAUUCUUCCACAAUCCCAUAUAUAUGGUCUCGUCGUCAUCAGUCACGCGGCAACGUAUCGGGGCGACUCCGUCAUCAUCCUUCCCAGUUAUGACCUCGAGACAUGCCUUCGAAGUAUCCAAACACACAGUAUCAGAACAUUAUUCGUGGUUCCUCCCAUCAUCAACAACAUGGUUCAGAAUCAGCUUCUCUGCCAAAAAUAUGACCUAUCGAGUGUGAAAACGAUUUUCAGUGGAGCGGCACCCCUGGGUGAGGAAACUAUCAAGUGUCUGAAACAACAUUCGGUGCCAUCGGAUUUGUGGUUUGGCAGCUCAGGCAAUUUACUUCCUGGACACGUGGCAAAAGUCAUGUCACCAGGAGGCAAAGAGAUAACAACCUUUGACACGCCAGGAGAGCUGUUUGUUCAAGGUCCAACAGUGGCAUUGGGCUAUUUCAUGAACGAGGAUGCCACGAAAGAAACAUUUGUGGACCAUCCCGAUGGCCGCUACAUGCACACAGGGGACGAGGUCGUAUUUCGCGAAGCCGCAAGCGGGAGCCAGCAUAUCUUCAUCGUGGAUCGCCUGAAGGAGUUGAUCAAAGUCAAUGGCCACCAAGUUGCGCCUGCAGAGCUCGAAGCCUGUCUCCUCGAACACCCCGAGGUCGCUGAUUGUGCUGUCAUCUCCGUACCUGAUGACCGCGCUGGUGAGGUCCCUAAAGCGUAUAUUGUCAAGGCCUCUUCUAUUGCGACACCGGAGGGCGAGUUAAAAACCCAACUACAGACUUACAUCACUAACAGGAAGGCGCGACACAAACGGCUCAAGGGAGGAAUAGAGUUUAUUGAUAUCAUCCCAAAAUCUGACAGUGGGAAGAUACUGCGUCGUAUCCUCCGAGACAAGGACCGCGCGGAGAGGAGACAAGGCUCGGUAACUGCCAAAUUAUAG